UUUAAAACCGACAAAAACCAGGAUGUUCUUUUGGCCGAACGGUCCGGCUCAAAAAUUUUCCUUUGCCGUUCGCCAUUUGAUGUUUUCUGCAUCCUCAUUAACACAGGCAGCUAAGCCCGAAUGUCUUUCCAGCAUCAAAGAAAUAGCUUACUAAGUAGUAACCAUCUUCAUUUUUUCAGAUAGAAAUUGAGGCAAUCAGCAAAUCAAAUGCCCAGGUCUAAAGUGACAAACCUAAGCUCGCUGUUCGGUUCCGCCAUUAAGACGACCUCGGAGAAAAGUUCGAGAAAGGUGGCUCAGGAUAUCAAAAAGCUUGUUGUUUCCUCGCUCGACUCCACAUCUCCUUGCACUUCCAAUUCGGCAGAUGCAGAUAAACCGUCAAAGAGUUCGCUUAAGGUUUUAUCCAAAACAGCAGCUAAGUCCAAGAAAUUCGUUUCGAUAACCCAGAGUAAAUUAGCGGUGGAACCUGUCUCGUCGGAGACACAGACGAUUAGUUCCAGCGGCGAUUCGGUGAAGCAGCUAAUGAGGGACGUAACUUCUCUAAUCUGUGGUAAUACUGUCUUGGAGUCACAAAAAUCCUCUGAUUUGCAAUUGCCUAAUGAUGAAAGGACCAUAGAGAAAGUCUUAAAUAUACCAUGGUUCACAAAUAUGUCUCCAACCAGCAUAUUGCAGCGUCGCAAGGAUAUAUCACGUGAAAGGAAACAAAAAUGGAUUUUCAAGAACACCCAAACUCAUCGUUUCCAGAAGUUGGUGAAAAUGUGUGCGCAAAAACUGGGUACAGAAGCUACUCUUGAAGUGUUUGGUAAGUUAGGACGAGAAACUGGUGUCAAAGAAUACAAUGCAUUGAUAGGACUCUGUAUCGAGAAGGCUAGGAAUAGCAAAGAUGAAGAAGUUUCAAUAGACCAAAUCCAUAAGACUUUUCAAUUAUUUAAAUCAAUGAGGGAACAGGGUUUUCACAUAGAAGAACAAACAUAUGGCCCGUUGCUUAUGUAUUUGAUUGACAUGGAAAUGAUACAAGAAUUCCAGUUUUUCAGUGAAAUCGUCAAAGAGGAGGGCCCUACUUCAUUUCCUAGAUUAGGUUACUAUGAGAUGCUGCUUUGGAUUAAAGUAGAUAAUAAGCAGAAAAUUCAAGAGCUUUGUGAUGCUGUUGGAGAUAGGUACAGCUUUGCAGAGAGCUAUUUGUUGGCAUUGGGUGAAAAUGACAGGAAAAAGGAGCUGUUGCAGCUUUUAGAAGUUGUGGACAUAACAAAAAUUUCAUCAUUGAACUGUGUUGCUAGUGUCUUUAAGUCUUUGGGAAGGCUUUUACUUCAUAACCAUAUGGAGAAGUUAAUUUUGGCAUUUAAAAACUCAGAAGUUGGAGCAGAAAAUGUCUCACUGUUCAUCUGUUACUAUGCUACUAGCAUACCAAAUUUAGUGGUUGAGGACAUUGCUUUGAAGUUCAGGGACUUGCAUGAGAUGCUCGAAGUAACACCUUCAUCCACAUCAUAUGAGAAGCUCAUUAUGUAUUGCUGUGAUUCAUGUAAGGUGCAUGAAGCUCUGAGUUUAGUUGAGCAAAUGUUUCAGUCGGGUUUGACCUUAUCUGUGGACACCUUCAAUUCCAUUUUAAGGGCAAGUGGGGAGAGCUAUGAAUUUGAUUUGGUUCAUCAAAUGUAUUCAGCAAUGCAACGUCAUAACUUGAAGCCAAAUGCUGAGACAUUUAGGAGCAUGAUAAAUUUAUGUGUAAGAAUGAAAGAUUUUGAAGGUGCAUAUCAAAUGUUAAAAGAUUUGGAAGGAAUGAAUAUAAUGCCCACAACAAACAUGUACAAUGCCAUAAUGGCUGGAUAUUUUAGAGAGAAAAAUGUUCAUGGUGGAUUGAUGGUUCUUAAGCAAAUGGAACGUGCAGAUGUAAAACCAGAUUCUCAUACAUUCAGCUAUUUAAUUGGGAACUCUGGAUGUGAAGAGGACAUUAUUAAGUAUUAUGAAGAAAUGCAGCGUGAUGGAGUUCAAGUGACAAAGCAUAUUUACAUGGCACUUAUAAAUGCUUAUGCAAAUUGUGGACAAUUUGAUAAGGCAAAGCAGGUAGUCUUGGACCAAGGGUUGCCAGCUAAGAGCAUAAAUGAGAUCAAGAGUGCGCUUGUAUCAGCUCUUUCUUGCCAUGGGCAAAUGACAGAUGCACUUACAUUAUAUGAAGAAAUCAAGAAAGCUGGAUGUCAUGCAGAGCCUAAGGCCAUUAUAAGUCUCAUUGAGCAUACUCGAUCUGAAGGCGAGUUAAAUAGAUUACUUCAGCUGCUUGGGGAGUUGACUGAUCCAGGUUAUUGGUUUGAUGGGUGCAGCAGAAUCAUCCUGUAUUGUAUUCGACACAAUCAUCUAAGUUCUACAUUUGACUUACUCAAGCAACUCAAGGAUAAACAUGGAUCAGCUAUGGAUGCUGUUCUAGAGCAGGUAUUUUGUCAAGUCUCGGAGAUGGAACCCACAUAUUUGCAGGUUGGGUUGGAUAUGCUCAAAGUUAUCAAAGAACUUGACCUCCAUCCUUCUCGAACAAGUUUGGAUUUCCUUCUCAGUAGCUGUUUAAACGCCAAAGAUCCACGAAGUGCUCAAUUGAUUUUUGAUGAAUAUAAGAAAGUUGGUCUUCCAUAUAAUGUAUUAACUUUCUUAAGGAUGUAUCAAGUACUUUUGGCUUCAGGAGAAAACAAGUCUGCUAAGAUUAUGCUGAAGAAAAUACCACCAGAUGAUCCCCAUGUACGCUGUAUAAUCAAGGCGUGCCAAGCAACUUAUAAGAAGACCAUAUCUGUAAAUAAAAAUAAAAAGAAACGAGAUAGUAGCCCAUCCUCCAAACCCAUAAGGCCAUAACAGCUCCAGCCCCUGUUGAAAAAUGUAUUUUUCAAAAUUAUUGAAAAAUGUAUUUAUUUCCUAGCUUCUGCCCCCAUAUUAUUUUCUCACUGACUUCAAAAAAAAUUAUUUGAGGUAUGAUUUAAUAACAUGAUUACGUGCUUUCUAGUUGGGGCAUGAAAUGGAGCGGGUCAAUCUUAGAUUUUUUUUUU